AUGACAUCAUUGGCGCCACAAUGUGCUGCCGCCGCCAACGAUGCCGACGACGCAUCAUCUUCGAUUCAACAUAUCAACUUGUAUUCUAAUGUGACAAAUAAUAACAAUUGUAAAGUGCAACCAACGAAAUUGCCCGUUGCCAAGAGUCGCAUUCUAUUGCAGCGUUUUUUCGACAAAAAUGACUUUAUUAAAUGCCACAAUUCGGUUGUUGUUAUCGUUCGAAUGGUGCAAAUCGUUGUGCCGAAUGAUAAAAAUGCAACGGCACUCACGCAAUCGGUAUCGGGUGAAUCGGUGACGCCGAUUGAGCCGGCCGCACAGCAACCGGACAACAAUUCCACAAACAAUUUAUCGAUGAAUUCCAAUAAUGGAUCCACUUCGAAUGGUGAUGCCGUGAAUGAUACUAGUCUUGCAGCAUCCACAGAUGCCAUGGACAGCUGCCCGAUUGAACGGAAGGCAAACACAAGCACAGCUUCAAGUGUGCACACCAUGAGUAAUAAAAAGUCCAAUGUUAUCAUGGUGAAACGAUCAAAAUUGCAGGACAAUUCAAAUGGUGGGGUUCCAAUGCCAGUGUUUCGUUCGAUGAGCAUAUCAACGCCAAAAUCCACUGAAAAUCGAUCACCACUGGCCGCAACUAGUGUGAUUAUCAUGAAUAAAAUGGGCCAAACGGGGAAAAAUGGUUCAAAUCUCAAUAAAACCGAAAUGUACGAAAUGCCAACGCGAACAAAUCACUUGCUACGCAUUCUGAAUUCACCACCGAAACCAAUCAAUGCCAGCCCGUUGCCAACGUUUGGCGCGAAUUUGGAACGGACAAUCGGCGGUGCGACACCACUUACCGAUUUUCAGAAAGCAUUAAAAGUACAAACGACUCUAGCGAAUGAGGUGUCGCCGUUGGUCAAAGCAGAAACGGAUCAAACAAAAUUGCGUCAUUUGUUAAACGAUCAAAAUGGCAACAAGAAAUUGAAUAACAAUUUAUUCAUUUGCAAAACGGAAGGUAAAGUGAUCCGAUUAACACCGUUGAUGGGUUCAACGAUCACGAAUGAAGUGAAAGUUUUGCCCGAUUUGCAACAGCAAAAGAAUAUUUGUCCCAUAAUACUGGAGAAAAAAGAUGGCAUUUCAUCAAAGUCACCGCCACCGCUCACUGUGAUGUCAACAUCAACAACGGCCACCAAGAAUUCAGCAUCGGUUGCUGGUACAAGAUCGGUGUUCGAAGAGAUUUACGCUAAAUUCAUGAACACAAAAGAUGUGCAAAAGGAUGCGAUUGUCGAAGGUGAGAAGAAAAACGGUGCAAUCACCACAACAACGCUAAUGGAUGUGGACGAUACGAAAGUGAUAAAAUCGGGCUUUUAUUCGAUUCCAACGUCACACACAACGAUCAUAUCGCCGAAACAACAAACCACGUUCCUGCAAUGUCAAGGCGGUUUGGUCAAAGCAGAUGGAUUCAAUGUUUCACCAGUAGCGGCUACAUUUGCAUCUGGUGAUGGUAAAAUAGGUGCGAAAAUGAAUACCAUUCAAGCGGCACCAGCGAUUUACUUGAAACAAAUGCCCAAACAUCGAACCGCACAAUCAAAGAGCGGCUUAUGUGAGAUUUUAGUCACCAAUGAAAAUGAUUUAAAAGUUUUACAAAAGACUGGCAAUGAAACAACGACGACGAACAAUCUCAGCACAACGGCAACCAUUGCAAAUCCGGCAAUGAAUCAAAUCCACAUCUUUCCAUUGAUUACAUCAUCGAAUGGUCGAAAUGUUGCGAUCUCAUCGGCACAACCCAGGACCAGUUGCAUUCGUCCGCAGGUAAUUAUCACCGGAACAAACUCCAGCGAUAGCCAACGCAUGCAAACGAAAAUCGAACCGGAAAAGCGAAAUUUGGUCGAUCAACUUCGUGAAUUCGAAAUGGUGAUGGAACAAAUCAAAGAAGAGCGUAACAUUAAUGAAACUGGCGAUAAAUUGAUGCUGAAUAAUUUGAGCGGGAUACUCAAUCAGCAUAUAAUUGAUAGUUGUCAAAUGAGAUCGGUUGGUUUGCCGCAGAAGAUCAAUUUGGCCAUAAUAAAAAAGGCCACCACAACUGGCAAAACCAUUACAACGCAAAAAAUAACAACGACACUGUCUGAUACGAAACGUUGCACAAGCACACCGGUCGUUGUUGUUACGGCCGCCGCUGCAGCCAAUGUUAAUGCUUCUACAGCAAAAACGGGGCGAUUAACCAUCAAGUCACCGCAAGAUGUGACCAGUACAAAAUUAAAUGCCGAUGGUACAUCACUGAUUCAGUCAACAUUCGAAAAUGUUGCCGCAUCGGUAAAAAUCGAUUCGGCAAAUUUUAAAGCAGUUGCUCAGCAGCAACAGCAACAGCAGCAGCCAUCAGCCCAAACACAAGCAACAGCGGCCGCAGCAGCAAAACAUCCGCAAAAAUCCCAAGAAGAUGAACAAACCGUUCAGCGAAUCUAUGACAUUUUAGCUCAGUAUGCGGAGCAGAUAAGCAGUUCACCCGAUUUAAAUAACAAACCGGCACCGCGACGUCGUUCAAAUUUGGUAUCAAUUCAAUCGUCACCGAUCACAACGUCUGGCAUUCGAAUGGUCUCAUCAAAAUCAUCAAUGUCAUCGACAUCAUCGACCACCGUUGGUUCGAUCAUCAGCUCCAGUUCGAAUUCAAACAGUUCCAAUGAAUCAUACCACAGUGCUACCAUAAAUGAGUCACGAAAACGUACCACAAGUCUUCAAAAUGAUGACCCAAAUGGGAACGAUUGUGCAAGUAACAUUGAUACGAUUACGAUUCAGCAGCCGGCCGAUAAAAAGCGACGUAUAUCAAACAUAAAUUUGGACGGGAAUGAUUUUAUUUUAACAACCAUGCCAUCACUAUCAACGUACACUGCAUUGCCGAAAUCAAGUACGAAUGACAUGCUCAAGACGGCAAACAAUCAGAUCAUCAUCACAACAACGACAACAAAUGCCCAACAACAAACUACCAACGAAAUAAUUCCAGCCACCAUAAAGCAAGAAGGGGGCAGCGGCGGCGAGCUGUUGCUUACAAAUGUCAACACAAAUUUAACAAAUGGCAAAGCACAAUUGUCCACCAAACUCAAACCACUCACAAUCGGUGUAGCGAAUAGUUCGAUCGUUGAGUCAGCGAUGGUGAAGGCAGGCGGUGACGGUGGUGGUGCUGGCACAGGACAACAAUCUCCAGCUGCUAUCCUACUUCCGGGCAUGUCAGUUGUCGUGUCAACGGAACAGAAUCUUCAACAGCAGCAGCAGCAACAUGGACAAAUAACGACAAAACUCACAAAUUCAAAUAACACUUCCGGCGAAACGGGUGCUCGCUUCUGUGGCUUCACCACUGGAUUCCCAUACAAAAUCAAUAUAGCCGGUGCAAAUAAAUGUCGUCCAUUCAAACAGUGCAUUACGGGUGGACAAAGCUAUCGAAAUGACAACUACAUCUUGCCCAUGGGCUUUUUGAAGUAUAAAAAUCCGACGACAACCACGACAACGGUAAUAAGUGGCGAACAAUCGAAGAUCAACCAAAUGAAUCAAAUCGUUCAUCCGAAUGUUGCAACCGUAAUGAUACCAUCGGCAAAUGUUCAACGUGACCUUGGUGGCGUUGGAAACAAUGUAAAAAUCAUAUCGACCGAUUCGGUUACCAUCAAUAAAGAUGGUGGUGGUCUUGCAAAAGCUCAGCACAUUCAAUUCAAUAUCGCAAAAAAAUCGGACAAUUUUACCACAAUUCCAGCAGCAGCAACAUCAUUACAAUCACAGUCAAUGGCUACCGUUGGCACCGCCCCAACACUCUUGUUUCGAACGUUGUCGGGCACGAAUAUUGGUGGCAUUCAUCACAGUUUGAAUGUAAAAAAAUCCACGGAUGAUGGCUUCACCACGAUAUGCGAACAAUUGAAAAGUUCAAGUGAGAAUUCAAGUAAUCUUUUGCCGACAUUCACCUCAAUUAAAGCACACCAAUCGGAUGCACAGCCAUUAGUCGAAAGUAUUCAACUGCCGUCGCAAAUUUUCCAGUCGAAUCGUGGCAUUUUAAUACUUGACAGCAAUAAGUAUGCAACACUUUUGACGACAAAUUACACAAUACCAACCACAACUGCGCCGGUUAUGAGCGAAACGAAGCGUUUAUGUCUUGACGAUGUCAAGUCGUCGACGUCGACGUCGACGUCAUCAUCACCAUUGUCGUUGUUGUCAUCAGCGGUGAUGUCGGCCGAACCAAAAACAACGGCAAUUACAAUGCCAAUCACGUCAGACCAGUCGGUGUUUAGCACAAAAAUCGAUAUGAAAGUUCCAAUAUGUGAUAGCGAAGAUGAUUUUCUAAACGGAUUAGAUUCACCGAAAUGCGGUGAUGAUGUGAACGAUGAAUCAUUUGAUGGGUUACACCAAAGUGGUCGCAUUUUUUCCAUGCAUAUGAAAACACUGCCAUCACUGUUUGGUGGGGAAUAUUCCAAAAGCUGCGAUGAUAUUUUAGAUCCAAAUAACCAUAAUCACGAUGAUGACGAUGUGGAUGGUAUUGAUGAUGCACAAGAGUUGAUCUUCCAUCGAUUGGACAAAUCAAGCGAUAAUGUGGUGAUAAUUGACAAACAUAAAUCGGACACAUUAACAUUGAAUUCGGUGUCAUCGGAAACACGGUUGAAUGCACGCACCAACAGUAUCAUUGAGCGUGAAUUACGCUUACAAAAAUCACUGUCCGAAGAGUGUGAGGAUUUGGGUGUGGACGAACCCAGCACCAGUGAUCUAUUCCCCGAUGCAUUCAUCAGUUUUUAA